AUGGUCAUCGCAAACGGCCAGGGCGGGGCUAACGUGACAGCCAAUGGGGAAGCGGGAUGUAGAUGGUCCACUUCCGGUUUCCUGCUGGAUCGGUUGCUGCAAUAUGAGAAUGUUGUUGAUGAAUCCUCUGAUUCGGGAGCGACUGCCUCAUCGGAAAACAGCGAGUGUGAGGGUCCGAAGCCUCUAGACACCCCCGUCCUGAAGAAGAAGAGAAGUCCCCAGCUCGGAGGUUCUGCGUCUCCUUCACCAUCCUCACUGACCCUGCAGCCCACCUUGGCAUAUCCGCACUCUCAAACUCCAACUCCAACUCAGUCUCCGUACCUCAGCUCGAUGACCUCGCCCACCUUCAGCCCCUUUCCCUCGGAGUAUCUGUCAUCUUACCCCAACACUCACGCCCCGGGGGCAACUGCGGCUGGGGGUGCGUCCAGCGUGAAACCGGACAAGAUUAAACGAGAGAAAAGGGCUAAGACCCAGAAAAACAAGAGGGCAAAGCUACGGGUCCCUCUCCAUUCCAGCCACCCAGAGUCCGUGACGAUGUCGUUUUCCUCACCCUCUGACCCACUUUCGACCCUAUCCUCCAAGCUCCCUCCCACCACUAUCCUCAGCACUGUCCCUCACCAGAUGUUCAGUGAUACUGGGGAGGGAAGUGAUGAUGAUGCGAUGGAGGGAGAUGAUGACCUGGUCAUUGACAUUCCUGAAUAAUUACCCAGGAGCACGGAGCAUCCGAGACACAGGAAACUGGGAACAUAGAUACCCCGAAUGCAGGAGAUCUAGAUCCUGGAUUCACCCUGAAUCCCAGAAGCCAGGAGAUACAGAAAUAGAAACAUCCAUCUUUGUUGAUUGAGACUGGUACCUAGUUGAUUCUGCUGCUCUCAAUGGGAUUUGUACCUUUCCUGAUUUCUACAAUAAAUACUUGAGUCACAAA